UGAAAAAAAAUCAUGAAAAAAGCCUUGUUUUUUGAGCGCUUGGUGAAUAUUACCCCUUUAAUGAAAUUCCACCGAAGACCUCUUCUUGUUUGGCUCCUAUACACAGAACUGCGUAUAGCCAGAACAAUCCACUUUACUCUUGCCUGAGGGCCUUCAACGACGUUGAUGUCUAUCAUGACUAUACUAUUUCUAAGAAUGUUUAAAAAGAAGAAUUGAGAAUAGGUAGUGUAUUCUUACGAUGUCUGUACGAAGACGAAGCAAUAAAUAAUAAAAACGUAGAAUUAAAAAAAUUGGUCAUCCCAGAUUUGUUCUGAAAAAUAAUUUUUUAAACAGAUAAUUUAGUUGCCUAAAACUGUUUUGAACAACCACUUUGGUUUGUUCAAAACUCUUUUGGGAAAAAAACUUGCAGAUAACUCUGUUCAUAUAAAACCCAAGUGAAAAAUGAUCUGGGACACAUUAUUCAAAUUGCAAAUCCAGUCUCGCGCGAAGAUAAAGUUUCGUGACAUCUUCAACUUUCCAACGCGCACGUGGAGGUUAACGGCCAGAACUUUGAGGAGAGCUUCCAGGUCAAUAACGUCAAACAUUCCACAGCUUUUCCAACCGCGACCGCUAUACGCUUCGCUAGUUUCUUUCAAAUAUUGUGCCAUCAGAGAUCCAAAUAAAACUUGGCUUAUGGCUUAUCUUCUCAACUCGAUGACAUCCAGCGAAAUUUAUUGCUGCCAGAAAAUGGGUGAUAAAUUUUUCUCGAUUUUCUUCGGUAAUUAAUCGGCAUCGUAAAAAUGUAAACAAGUUUUCUCUUGCCGAUUUUGAAUGUCUUUUUUUUAAUUUCCUCUAUAAUUGAUAGUCUAAUAAAAUGCAGUGUUAUAAUUAUCAGUCUAAUUUGGUCGGAAGUUUAUCAACCGUAUAUAAAGAUAUAAAUUCAACUGGACUAGGCGCUUUAUCCCUCCUGAUAAACGCCCCCGUCCAACGCGUAACACAAGACCUGAAACCUUAUCUCAUGUUCCACACCAACCCCGGGCCCACUACGGUACGACGAGCGUAGCUCAAAUAAACCACGCACUGGAACAAGUUUUGAUUUUAUGAACGUGUAGAAAUAGAUACCAAAAUGCAAAUAAUAACAUUUCGGUUAUAAAUGCUAAAUUCAAGUCCGUCCCCUGUCUAUGUGCUUGCGCUUGUGCUUCAACGGCGCUGCGCCGCUUGUUUUUCAAACUUUGUACGCUGGCUUUCGGUUGAGUUCAGUCGAGAGCCGCGCGCUGGUGGAAGAAUCAGAGCGAGCAGCACGUCGUCCGAUGGGGCAUAUUUAUUACAUUUGCGUGAAUCAGCGAUCAAUCUGUGCAAAUAAAAACCAGUGGCGAAUCAAAUGUCCUUGUACGAAAAAAAAUUACAGGGGAAAACGAGAAUAACUUGAACCGCCAGCGGAAGUCACCGAAGGAGCACUCCCACAACCUGGACCAACAGCAGCCGAUGUUCAACCCGUCGAAACAUUUGGAUGUCUGGUUGGCCAAUGCCAUACGCGGUCUGGAGAGCGGAGGCCCGGGUCAGGAUUCAUCCGAUCAGCUGGAUAGCCCCACACUGAAGGGAAGCUUUGCCGAACCGCUGUCGCUGCCGCCCAAUUUGAAUUACAUCGACGGAUCACAUCUGUCCUCCUCCACAUCGGGUCUCUUUUCGCCAAUCCAACAGCAGCAGUCACCUGUGCCGAAUAUCAUACCGCAGCAGUUUUUGCCGCACCAGUAUCACCGCUUCGGCUCCUGUCUGGUGGCUAACGACGGCAGCGAGUUUGCCAGUUUGCCGCCUCGGAUUAAUCAUCACCCAAGCCAAAAUCAGCAAACUCCACCCAUCGGUCAGCUGUACGGACGAAAGGCUGCCCUGCAGCAGCAGAAUUCCGGUUCGUCAUUCCACGAUCUGCUCAGCUCACAACGCGUAAUGACGGACCCCUACAUUAAUGACUCAUCGGACAACGAAUCGAAGAACAGUUGUGCCAAAUCGAAGCAGGAGAUGGCGGAAGCCCUACUGGCGGACCUCAACAUGCUGAACGCCAGCACAUCGCUCAACAACAAUGGCAGCGCUGGUGGCACUCCCGGGGGUAACAACGGAGGUGGAUUCAUCGGCGGCAUGUCCAGCGGAAAUACCAGCAACAAUCAGAACAAUUUGGUCCUGGUGUUGCUGAAGGAGAUAAGCAAGCUGCACGAUACCAAUAAGAAGAUAUGUCGUAAUUUACAUGAAACCAAAGUGGAGAUGGAAGCUUUGAAGCAUACCUCGCACUGGGGCCUUAGUCACCGUAGAGACAGCAUGAGCGGCCUGAGCACUAACAGUCAGCCGGUAGGAAUGCGUUACAAUAGCUUUGGGUUGCAGAGCCCCGCACCGACUUAUCACUCUCAAGGCAACUACACGCCCGGCAUUGUGACGGAUGUUAUCCGAGAGAUUCGAGAAGUGUCCCGUGUCCGCGAGGAAGCUCUGAUGGAGCGUAUGAAGACCAUGAUCGAGGAGCGCUCGUGGGCGCUGAAUGAGGCCAAUUUUCGGCUGCAAAAAGAAUCGGAAGAAAUGAAAAAGUCUAUCCAUUCGGUUCGCUCCGAAAUGAACCAGAUUGUCGACCGGAUGCUGAAGUUGGAGAAUGAGGUUAUUAAUUUGAAGGCACAGCUUAACCAUCAGCAGCAGCAACAGCAGUUUGCGGCCCUUCGAGAGCGGGACUCCUUCGUGCAGGGUUUACCGACGGGGGGCAACAGUGCCGCCGGAUCGCAAGCAGCUGCUAACAAGCUUCGGAGAAACAGUUUGCAUUUGAACUAUGGCCGGAUCAGCAAUGCCGACGAGUUUUACAGCAAUAACUUUGCGGACGCUAGCGGCGAACUGCGCUACAGCAACGGAAGCAACAUGCGAAAGUUUGGUGAGAAUAAUUUUGGCUCGGCGUUUAAUGGUGGUGGCGGUUUUAGUGAGGAAAUGCAUGCGGACCCCUCGAACGAUCAGGUGUUGUUGUUGGAGAAGGACGCGUUUAAAUUGAGACGAGAGCUGCAGGAUGCGCUGGCCUCGAAGCAGGAGUCGGAAAACCGGAUCACAGCUUUGGAAAAUAUUGUAAGCACUCUCAAAGAACAGGUCCCGCAGGUAACGCCGAUGGUUUCAACGCACCAACAACAGCAGCAUCACGGAUCCAUCGUUGUUCACCACCAGGCCCCGUUAGCGACUCCGGGUGGGCUCCUGGCGACUAACAACGGCGUCAACGAUGUCCAACAGCAGCAGUCAACUACCGGAUCGUUCUUUCUGCGCAAUAGCAACAACGCCUCGCCUGGUAUUGUAACUGUACCGACGCUUCACCAGCUGCCGAAAGCUGCUUCUCCAAAGCCACAAAAAGCCGCCCAGGUGCAGAGUCUUGUGACGCCGACCUACGUGCAUCUAACCAGCGGGGGCAUCAGUGUGACGGGUCCGGUGACGGAUUUGUAGGAAAGCCAGUCCGACAGGAGGGAUCCUACCAUUUUGACGCGCUACCUUCGUUCUGUAGUGGGUUUUGUUUCAUCACUUUACGAAAAUGACGAAUUUGUUUUGUUCUUUGUAAUAGUUGGUAUUAUUUUGGCCCCGGUUGCUUGGGUAGUUUUCCGUAUUUGUUAGCCACGUUGGGAAAUGGUUACAAGCAGGGCUAUGUUAUCUGAUCAUUCCCGCGUUAGAUCAGUUGCCGUUCACGAAAUCGGAGCUUUUUAUAGAGACAGGAAGCACAGUUUUUCCCACAGGCCAAAUCGAUCAGCUGUGAACAGGUAGGCUUUUGUGUUAGGCAGUGACACGUGAUAAACCGAAAAACAGUUGGUUACGUUCUAUGAGUUGCUGUUGGUCACCACGGAUAUUAGAUAUCAGGCUUAUGUGGAAACUUGAAACCUAAGCGAGAUUCUAUCGUUGAUUUUUUUAUUGCACACCGGAAUCGACGCAUAGCUGUUCUUCUCGGUUUUCUGAUGGUGAUCUAAGCGCUACGCCUUUUCGGUUAUUUUGUUUAUAAAUUUUACAAAACUGUUUCAAUAAUUUUAUGGUUCGAACUCUUGCAAGGCGACAUCCAAAUUCGUGGAAAAAAUAUAUCAGGACUGUAACUGAAAGAGCUGAAACUACCAAGGCUUAAACUGAAAUUAGGCAACAAUGAAAUAUUCUGAAAACUUCCUGCAAAUUAUGCUAUUUUCGGAAUGUUAGUAGUUUGUUCAAUUCUCAUGUUAAUAAUAGCUGCUUAUGAGUCAGCAAAUUUUUGAAUGUUUUGAAUGGCAUAAUACAAUGUAACUGUAAUGUAUUAUGUGAUAGUUUUAGGUAUAUUCUAUCGUUCUCGUAUUUUAUAGUUUUUUCAUUUUUUUUUGUCGUGUAGCUGAUAUUUUAUUCUUCGUCUAAUUUUCGGCUUGUUAUUCUUGUUUUAAGCUUUUUUAUUUUAUUCUUUUUGACACUUGGCUUCUCUAACUUCCUGCUUUCGUCAUAGCUCCGACGUGUAAUUGAGUCGCUAAUUUGAGAGCUCGUAGCCUUAUUUUAUCUUGAUUUAUAAUUCGAAACUGUCGGGAAUGUUUUAUUGUCGUGUUUUACUUAAUAAUACGCUGCUUGAAAUCUGCAAACAGCUGAUAAAGCUCUAUGAUGUAUGUAUGUCCCCGUUCGUUCGACAAUAGCCUACAGUAACCAUUUACCAACGUAUCGACCAACACGAAGGAAGCUCGUCAAAAUGUUCUAUUCCUCCUGGAGCACGUACUGGAAUAGUUGGCUGAUCAAAGGAAAAGUAGAAAAAGUAGAAACCAGAAGUGCCAUUGCCAACAAUUUCCCUGUGAAACGUUCCGACCCAUAAAUAUGAUAGAAAACGAAACCGCCAAGAGGCGGUUAAUAGAGCACAUUUUUCUACCAUUUAUAGGAUAACCCUAACAAACUUAUAUGAUGAAGCACAUCCGCAGUUUAUUCGAAAUAAUAACGAUUACCGUUUUUUUUUGAAAAGUACCAGAAUAUGACCUAGAUCAUCUAGGUUAGGCUAAAUCAAAAGCAAUAACAUAAAUGGCAGCAAGAAGAUGAUUGAAAUGGUCAAAGAGUAGUUGAAAUUACGCUGAGCCUUGCAAGGUUUUUAUAUAUUUCGUACUAUACUUAAGAAGCUUUCAUUCCAUUUGCGUUAAUGGUUUACAUGUGAAGAAAAGGCUUGCUCCACAACGGGCUCAAAAGUAACUCAACACUGCAUAUAAACCAUACGUAACCAAAACUUAUUUAAAUUACGCGGUUAGCAGAUUGGAAUCUUCGAUACCACAUUUUCAACAAUAGGUUGUAAAUAUACCUCUAUAUGUAUCUACAUUUUACAGUAACCUAGAGAUUAAUAGUUUUACGGUUCGUUCGAAGACAAAAAUGUUGUAACGUUUCCUUAUUUAUUCCGUUGUCUACUAUUUUAUUUUAGAACAAGCCUGGGGCAUCCAAAAGAUGCCCCGAAUUGGGAUACGGUGAAGGGUACAAAAUUCGUAAUCACAUGCGCGUUAUCUCGAGAGAAAAAGCCGUUCCGAAGGCGAAAAAGUUUCAACUGUUGUGUAUAGUGUAUAUAUCGGUUUUAGACGUUGAUGGAAAGUUACAUGAACUUUAACGAACGAAAGAUUGAAUAGCACCGCGACGAAUUAUUUUAGAAGCUGCUUAAUGAUGAUGAGAGCACCAACAGAUAUGAUCCUAUUUUUCUGUAUGGUAGUAGAGCAGAGGAAGAGGAAAUGCAAGCGGUACUAUUUUUUUAAAUACUUAACAGUAGACUGUAAAAUCAUUAAAGGCAAAUAUUCAAAACAAUAAUAAAGCAAUUACACCAUUUUAAA